AUGCCCGAGUUCCGAGGAAACUGCCAUCACACUCGCAUCGACCUCGACAACACCAGGCCUCUUUCUAUCCCAACCAUCCCUCGGGCUGCAACCAAAAUCGACAGGCUCGAGGCUCGCAUCACCAUGUCUUCGAAGCGGUCCAACGAUGUGGCGGCGGCGGUGGGGCAUGCGACGCUCGGCAAGGUGCAGAUGCCAGCCGAGCACCUGCAGAUCCUGCAGCAGCGCUUCGAAUCGCUGCUCUCGUCGAUAGUCGGGCUGAAGGAGGAGAUCGCGACGGUGCCCGGUGUGGACGAAUGGCCAGCGCUGCUGCAUCGAUACACGAACCUGCUGUCGCACGCAUACUCGCUCUCGUCAUCGCUGCUAUCUGCAUCGCCGCAUUUUCUACCUUCGCAACUGGCAUCGUUCAACAAGGUGCUGGAGGCCGAAGCGGAGAACUCGAAUCUGUACGCUGAUGUAGGCACGUCCUCUGCACUCUUUGGCAGCUUGAUGGCUGAUGGGCUUCCCGAACUGAGCUUUUACGACCGCAACAAUCCGCUACCUCUGCUGCUCGCACACCCCGUGCUGCCGAUACCGGACGAGAACAUCAACUUCCUCGGUGCGCUGCUGCGCACUGCACCCGAAGCGGACAUCAUCAAGCAAGAAAGCAGCCUUGUCGAGAGCUACGAUGCCGCCAAGGCUCAAACGGUCGGACGGAUGGCGAGUGAGGAUGCGGAUGUGGAUGCGCAGCUGGAGCAGAUCGAGGACGAGAUUGCACAGCACGAUAUGCUGGCGCUACGAUCGCUGCGUACCUGGUACCACGUGCGAUAUGCGCCGGACGAAGAGGGCAACGUGCUCAAUGUACGCGAACGACUCGCGCCCGCCGAUGACGCCGACGAGGAUGCGGGUGAGGAGGAGAGCGAGGACGACGAUUCGGACGACGACGCACAGACAAAAGCACAGCAGCUCGAGCAGCGUCAUCGCCGAAAGCUCGACCAGGACUGUUGGACCGCCGAUGCCGUGUCGGCGUUCCUGCGCGGCCAGCCAGUCCGCUCCUAA